CACCCUGUCAUGACGAUCAGAGAAGACCUGAGUGGAAUUUGGAGUCCAAAGCGGCAUGUUGAAAUAUCAGCAGCUGGGUUCAAACUGAGACGGGACUGAGAACGGCCAACGGCCAACAGAGAUGUGGAUCUGAGAGCACUCCAUUCACUUGAAGAGCAGAAGACACACUGUUGUUGCACAGACCACAAGUCUAAAAGGUUUUCUGAUUAGAAUGAACUAGUACCUAUUUGGAGGCCAGGUCCAGGUAUCACCUGAUUUUAAAUUCAUUACUUCAAAAACAAAAUAAUGUCUGGAUUGUUUUCCAAGAGCCCCAGCCGACUUGCUGAUGCAAUUAAAGAAAAAAGCAAAUUGAUAAAAUCAGAGACAGGGCCUUCUGUUUACAUAAUUCCACAGCAAGAACAACAAAUCGAUGAAAAAGGGUGCAAGAAAUUCAGUUUUGGGAAAGAGUCCAAAACUGUUAAAACUAAUCGCACCGUAAUGGUUCUCGGAGCAACUGGGGCUGGGAAGUCAACUCUCAUCAAUGGGAUGGUCAACUACAUUCUAGGUAUUGAAUGGGAGGAUCCAUAUCGCUUUAAGUUAGUUGACGAGGAUCAGUCGAGAUCUCAAGCUGAGAGCCAGACCUCUGAAGUCACUGUGUACAAAAUCAACCACCAAGAGGGCUUUAAAAGCCCCAGCUCUCUGACCGUUGUUGAUACUCCAGGUUUUGGAGACACAAGAGGAAUACAAAGAGACAAGGAGAUCACAGAACAGAUACGUAAUCUCUUCUCCUCCAAAAAUGGCAUCAGUGAAAUUGACGUUGUGUGUUUUGUAGCUCAGGCUUCUUCAGCUCAGCUCACACCGACACAGCAGUAUGUGUUUGAUUCUGUGCUCUCAAUCUUUGGCAAAGAUGUGGCAGAAAACAUCCAGGUUCUGGUGACAUUCGCAGACGGCCAACGCCCACCAGUUCUGGAGGCGAUCAAAGCUUCAGGCGUCCCAUGUCCUAAAACAAAAGACGGGCUGCCAGUUCACUUCAAAUUCAAUAAUUCUGCCUUGUUUGCACAGAACAAAUCAUCUGCUGCUGCUGACUCCAGUGGAGAGGAGGAAGAGGGAGGCUUUGAAAAGAUGUUCUGGGAAAUGGGGGCAAAAAGCAUGAAGAAGUUCUUUGUUGCUUUAGAUAGGAUGACAACCAAAAGCUUGACAAUGACAGAGGAAGUCCUCAGAGAAAGAAAGCAGCUUGAGAUCUCAAUUGAAAAUGUGCAAGAGCAGGUUAAAGUAGGGUUAGCCAAGCUUGAGGAGAUAAAAGAGACAACUGCACAACUUAAACUGCAUGAAGCAGAGAUCAGCAGAAAUGAGACAUUUGAGAUUGAAGUAGUCUUCAUGAAGCCUUUUCAAAAAGAUGUAUCUGGCACUGGAGACUUCAUCACCAACUGUCAGGUGUGUCAUGUCAGCUGCCACUGGCCAUGUCCACAUCCAAACGAUGCAGAUAAAAGGAAGUGUGCAGCAAUGGGACCAGAUGGAAACUGUACCCAGUGUCCAGGCAAAUGUCAUUGGAAUCAACAUUUUAGCCAGAAGUACAGAUGGGAGUAUAGGGAGGUUAAAGAAAUGCUAACAUUGGAUGAUCUGAAACAAAAGUACCUGGAAGCCUCAAAGGCUAAGGGAACUGUUCAGGAAGUGAUCGACCGAAUGAAGGUUGAAUAUCAGCGUCAUCAGACUGAAGUUAGGGAGAUGAUGGAGAGGUCUGCUGAGUCUCUAAACAGACAAGGAGAGAUCGCACUGAAGCCAAAUCCUCUCUCCACUCCAGAGCACAUUGACCUGCUGAUUGAGGGAGAGAAAUCUGAGGCCAAGUCAGGCUGGAAGCAACGAGUCGAGUACCUGCUGGAGGUGAGAGGACAAGCAGAGCUCAUGGGCAGUGCCGAUUCUAGUCGAAUCUACUACUGAUCAAGAGUCCUUGUUGGCCAUCACAACCAAGUGAUGAUGGCACAAAUACUCAUGUUCAUGGGUCAUUUAUUUUAAUUGAAUUUUCUUACAAAAUUAUCGUUUAACAGUUUUUUUAAUCAUGAAAGAUUACAUUUUUCAAAGCAAGAUGGUUAGUCUUGAAUAAAUGCUGAAGGAGAGCCGAGAGAAGCUCCUCCAGAGUCCAUAGGGAUCACAAAUCCUUUGGAUCAAAACCAAACCAAGACCAAACAGAUGCCAGCAAGACCAAGAGGAGAUCUAUCAACGAACUGGAAGACGUCUGUGUUUUCAUAUCUGAGAGGAUCUCACCAGCCCUGGGACCCAUCUACUUCCUGUUUGGCAUGUGUGUUGCUAUGGACCAGGGGGAGCUGCUGCCCCGUGUGAGGCGGUUUGGAUCAGCGGUUCUUUAGGAAUAUGAGAGAACCCGGUCCACCCAGCGCUGAGGUGGAAUGCAGUUCAAAGUGAAAUGUUGGACUCUUUCCUUCACGACUCUACUCUUUACUCUUCUGCAUCGGGUACCUUUACAUUUAUCACUAUAGCUUCAUUUUGAUUAUACUUUACAUACUUUGACCUAUGUGACAUUUUGAAUGCAGGGCUUCUACUUGUAACAGUAUCUAAACAAUGUGGUAUCAUAACGUUAACCAAUGUAAAGAAUCUGAAUACUUCUUCCGUCACUGAUACAACACAUGAAGUCCAAAUAGACCCGCACUUAGAGCUCUAGUGUUAAUCAAUGAGUUAUAAAGCUUUAUUGUUCUCCUGCUCAAACAUCUUCCUGCAGGAGCAAUCUGCAUGUUCUGUUGGACAGGAAGUCAAAUGUACCAUGUGAUGAAAUGUGAAAGUGUGAUUGUUUUGAGCAGAAAUCAUUAACGUCCUGAAACCAUAAUGGUAAGUCCACACAGCGGCGUGCGUUGAAGCUUGCCGGCGGGCGUGUCUGAAACUUGACCAACCAACCAAUCACAUGAAUCUCCCGCCCCUGACACACAAGCAGCGGUUUGAUUGGCUAGAGCUUCUACUGGCAUAUGAUUUGAUUGGCUGACGCUUCCGCCGAAGCUUCAAAAGUUGAACAUUGCUCAACUUUUGCAGCGAGAAACACCAGCAAAGCUACGCUUCGCUCCCACAAUGCAGUUCGGCGAAUCGUGACGUCACCCCAUUCAAAGUGAAUGGGCAGAAGCGUUGAAGAUUCAUCGCACGCCGCUGUGUGGAUGGGCCGUUACCACCAAUGUAAAACUUUAUUAAAAGUGAUGUUUAUUUUCUAUUAUGAUCAUUUACAAAUAUCAGUUUAUUGCUAAAUGUUUUUUCUGCUCUUCAUGUUAUUUUCUUUGAGAUUUGUAACUCUACGUGACUUUUGUUAAUGUUGAUUGUAUUGCUGAGUGUCCUGAAAUGAUACGUGGCUCCUGCUGGAUGAUAGAGACGUUUCUAAACGUUAAACAAUAACUCAGACUAAUGGAAAGUUUAUUUUAAUCAGAACAACAGAUAUGAGAAUAAGGAGAUUAAAGAAGAUCAACAGCUGAAGGGAAAAAUAAUAACUUUUAAAUCUUGUAUUUUUCACAUAAAGUUUUGAAUUUAUUUCCAUUGUAAUCGGUUUACUCUGUUGUUGUUUUAACGGGUUAUCAGCUUCCUGCUUAGUUUAACAUUUUUACUAUUAGUUUAAUAUUCUUUGAGUUUUAAAACAUUAUACCUGAUACUGAUGUGUAUUGAUUAGCAUUUACUGACAGAUGGAGAAAUCAUUCAUUAACAAUAAAUGUAAUUUUGUCUCAAAUGUU